GAAGAACCCAUUCAUGUCGAAUCUUUUAGAAAGCCCAAGUGACAGGAAACUGUGAAAAAAAUUGUUACAAAAGGAAGCUACUGACUGCCUAGAAGUUAGGAAAGUGUGCAAGAAUUACAGUUGAUCAAGGUGGAUUUUUUUCUCCCACCCACUUCAAGAUACUUUUCACGAUUGCCUUCUGCAAAACCUUUGGGCACUCCCCUUUCUGCCAUGUUUUGUGGCUCUCACCAUAAGAGGAAUUUGUCUUGAUGAAGAUUCCUACCAUUGGUAAUGUGAUGAAUAAAUUUGAGAUCCUUGGGGUUGUAGGUGAAGGAGCCUAUGGUGUUGUACUUAAAUGCAGACACAAGGAGACACAUGAAAUUGUGGCUAUCAAGAAAUUCAAAGACAGUGAAGAAAAUGAAGAAGUCAAAGAAACCACUUUACGAGAGCUUAAAAUGCUUCGCACUUUGAAACAGGAGAACAUAGUGGAAUUGAAAGAAGCCUUCAGAAGAAGAGGAAAAUUAUACUUAGUUUUUGAAUAUGUGGAAAAAAAUAUGCUUGAAUUGCUAGAAGAAAUGCCAAAUGGAGUUCCACCAGAAAAAGUGAAAAGUUAUAUCUACCAGCUAAUUAAAGCAAUUCACUGGUGUCAUAAGAAUGAUAUUGUUCAUAGAGAUAUCAAACCAGAGAAUCUCUUAAUAAGCCACAAUGAUGUUCUGAAGUUGUGUGACUUCGGCUUUGCUCGUAAUCUCUCUGAAGGAAGCAAUGCUAACUAUACAGAAUAUGUGGCUACCAGAUGGUACCGUUCUCCUGAACUCUUGCUUGGAGCCCCUUAUGGAAAGGCAGUGGAUAUGUGGUCAGUAGGCUGCAUUCUGGGGGAGCUGAGUGAUGGGCAGCCCUUGUUCCCCGGCGAGAGCGAGAUUGACCAGCUCUUUACCAUUCAGAAGGUGCUAGGCCCUCUGCCAGCUGAGCAGAUGAAGCUCUUCUACAGCAACCCUCGCUUCCACGGCUUGCGGUUCCCUGCAGUCAAUCAUCCACAGUCCUUGGAGAGAAGAUACUUGGGAAUUUUAAGUGGUGUGUUACUUGACCUUAUGAAGAACUUACUAAAGCUAGAUCCAGCAGAUAGGUAUUUGACAGAACAAUGUUUGAACCACCCUUCAUUUCAAACUCAAAGACUCUUGGAUCGCUGUGGAAGUUCACCUUCACGGUCAACUAAGAGAAAACCUUACCACGUAGACAGCAACACAUUAUCUAACAGAAAUCAAGCCAGCAAAAGUUCUGCUUUGCAGUCACAUCACAGAUCAAACAGCAAGGAUAUACAGACUUUAGGGGUUGGCCUGCCAAGAGAAGAGGGUCUUCCAACAAAUGAAAGUUUUUUAAAUGGAAACCUUCCUGGAGCUGCACAUAGUCCAAUGCAUGCAAAAAAAUCAAGCAACCCACCUGGAUCUGGCAACAAGGAUCUAGCCAAUAAUAACAUGCCACAUCUUCUCAGUCCAAAGGAAGCAAAAGGAAAAACAGAAUUUGAUUUUAAUGUGGACUCAAAAAGUUCUGAUGGUCCAGGUACAAAAUACCUGAAGUCAAACACCAGAUCUCAGCAGAACCGGCACUCAUUUGUGGAAACUUCUCAAAACAAGACUGGGACGCUGCAACCUGGUGAUAAGCAUAGUCGCCAUAGCUAUAUUGAUACUAUUCCACAGUCUUCUAAGAGUCCUUCAUAUCGGACAAAGUCAAAGAGCCACGGAGUUCUGACUGACUCAAAAUCGGUGGGCAAUCUUUCUGAGGCUAGGGCACAAGCUGCAGAACCAAACAGCAGUAGAUAUUUUCCAUCCAGUUGUAUGGACCUGAACUCUCCUACCAGUCCAACUCCUCCCCGACACAGCGAUAACAGGACUUUGCUCAGUCCGUCUGGGAGGAACAACCGCAGUGAGGGUACCCUGGACACCCGAAGACCAUCGACAAGACACUCCAAAACAAUGGAGGAGUUAAAACUGCCAGAUCACGCAGAUGGAAGCCAUUCUCACUCGCUGUCUGCUCCACAUGAAUCUUUUUCCUAUGGUCUAGGUUAUACCAGUCCUUUUUCUUCACAGCAGCGCCCUCAUAGACACUCUAUGUAUGUGAGCCGGGACAGAGUGAGGUCAAAGGGCUCAGAGGGUGGCUUAAACGUAGGGCAAGGGAUGGCAGCCAGAGCAAACAGCCUGCAACUGUUAUCUCCACAGGUGCAGCAUAAGUCACUCACAAGGUCUGUUGGCUCUUCACGAGAAGACUGUACAGAAGAUACCAAUAGGCAGAGUGACCAGAUCCCAUCAGAAAUGAAUUUAACAAGACCUCCAGGAAAAGAUUCCUCCAGAGAUGUUACAACUACAUUUCAUUCACGGCAAAAAUCUGAGGGUGGAACAUACCAUGAUCCACACACGGAAGAUGGAGCAUCUACUAAGGAAAAUAGAAUUCUCUAUAAUGACCCUGUUCCAAGAAGAGUCGGCAGCUUUUACAGAGUUCCAUCUCCACGUCCGGAGAGUACAUACCUAGAAAACAAUGUGUCAAACAGAGCCCCUGUGUUACCAGCAGACAGCAGCACGGUGGCAAACCACUCAAAGAGACAAACCACCUUUGAUACCUGGAAAAGUCCUGAAAAUCUUAGCAGUCACUCUGAGCAGCUCAAGGAGAAAGAAAAGCAAGGUUUUUUCAGGGCAAUAAAAAAGAAAAAGAAGAAAUCUCAAACCACAGACUCAACCAACGGGGAGAAUCCAAGCAUCAAGAAAUCCCUCUUUCCUCUUUUUAAUUCAAAGAAUAAUUUAAAGCAUAGCUCUUCUUUGAAAAAGCUUCCUGUAGUCACUCUACCCAUGAUGCCUAGCAGUGAUGGUCAGGAUCUUUUGGCAUUACAGAAAGCCAUUCACACUUCUAAUCACCAGAGCAGCAGGCAGAAGGAUUGGCAUCCUGAGAAGAUGACAGAAAUCCAGCCUCAUAACCAGCCGUUAAAAUCUCUUCGAAAGCUAUUACAUCUGUCCUCUUCAAAUCAUUCUGUCCCUGCUGAGCCUCGCUUCCAACCCUUACCAAGUCAGCCAGCCAAAGCUUCUUUUUCUGAAGUGCGAAUUCAUCCCAUGAGUCAAAGCUCCAGCAGUGGAAGCAGCAAUGUACGGCAAGAGUCUCAGUCAAAAAGCAGGCCAACACUGCAGAUACCUGGCCAGCUGGAACCCAGCUGGCACGUCGCGCCGGUGAACAGGAGCGCAAACGAUGGGCCUCCCUACUCCGAUCAGCUGCCUUCCAAGAGUGGACAGAAUGGGCACACAUAUAACCGAACAAACCGAUCACGAAUGCCAAAUCUGAAUGAUUUAAAAGAGACAGCCUUGUAAUUGCACUCCAGAAAAUAGGCCAGUUCACAUGGAGAUUGACAUAGGUGGUUCCAGUGAUCGUAAGACUGUAUUUUCGGCUGUUUAAAGGUGUGCAAUAUGUACGUGUGGCGCUAUGCUGUUUGGCACCACAGUGAGAGUCAGGGAUAAAACAAGUUGAAUUAUGAAUUACCAGUCAUCAGAAAUGUCAUUGGAUACCAGGCAGAGUGUGCCAUUCAGGGAGAAAAUUGUAUUACUGUUUUCUCUCGUUUACAUUCCAGCUUAAUGCACAUCUCUGUCUGAAAGCUGGGAGACUUGGUAUGUAUUGGCACUUAUAAGGGUGAAAACAUUCAUGUCUAGACCUAUGCCCUUACUACAUUUUUUGCUGCCUAGUUAAAACAGUGGGUUUUAUGUGAUAGCAGUGUAUCCCUGCUAGGGGUUUAAAGUUAAAUUGUACUCUUAAAUUUGUUUUUUAAACUACCAUAUUUGAUAGGAUUUGUAAUAUUUAUUUAUGAUGACCUAAUAUCGUACUGUUAUAAUCAUAUCUUUUAUGUUAUAAUGUAAAGUUAUU